GCUCCUUCAUUUAUACAGCAUGAAGACCUAGUCAAACCAGUGAGUUUGAUAGAAGCGUAGGAGGGGGGUUCCACAGGCUUGGCAAAAGAUCAGAGGAAGUGUCGAAUCUGAUGUGGACCACUAUCAAGCUACUUACUCAACUCAACUCCAACACUGAAAAUGAGGAAAAGUCUGUGAAGCAAGCAGCCUGCAGCAAGGUAAUUAAUGUUGUUGAAAAUAAACUGCUUUCAAUGUUGCAUUUAUUGUCUUUGCUUCUGGGUUCAUUGAAAUUUUGAAAGAACCCACAGCAAAAAUCUGCUUGUCUGCUGUGAAUUUUGGUUCUUCUUCUCACUUGUUUGGAAGUUUUGGAAGCAUAGGUUGCAGAAAUAUUAAUGGGUUUGCAGCUCUUUUGAGCGUAUACAUGAUUUUUGGUUGCCACUUUCAACUCAUGUGUCCACAAAAUCUCUAGUUUUCAAUCUCUUAUGUGGUUGAUGACAAAUAAGGCAAGACAACUACUUUUAGCAUUUGAUUUUGUAUAGUAAUUUUUUAGAACAAUUUUUGAAAAUAUUUUUUAUUUUUAUUUUUGACGUACUCAAUUUUUGCUUUUUAUAUAAGACAAAAAAACUUUAGUUUAAUACUUAUAAAUUAUUUUUUAACUCAUUUAAAGACCUUUUUCUUUUAUCAAUUAUUUGAUAAUUAUUCAACCUAGUCUUGAUAUAUUUUUUUUUCUGUUGAUAUUGGUAUUCAUCCGGACCUCAAUACUGACCUUCUAUCAUUUACUUAAUAACUAAGUAGUAAAAAUUAUAAUAAAUCAAGCCCAUGAUUCAUAUAAUUAAACCAAUUUACGAUAAUAAAAUUUUAUCAUCUAAUUAAAACAUAAUUGAAGAUGCUCAUAAUCUUUAUUGGUGUCGAUACGAAAGUCAAAGGAUAUUUGAUUUUUUAGUUUUUUUUUAAACAAAUUUACUUUCGACUUUACUUUGUUUGUUUUUUUUAUUUUUCUUUUAUAAUUUAUUAUAAAUUUUUAAUUGAAUAGAAAAAAGGUCAAAUAUUUGCUUUUUUUUAAAUGGAAAAACUUUUUUUUUCUUUUACUUUUUAAUACUUAAUAAAAAUAAAAUGACAACUUAAUAUUUAACACUAUUAAAUAUUAUUUAGUUUUAAGUUCAAUUUAGAAUUAAGUGAAAAAACAAACACCACCUAAAAAGGUGUUUUGUCUUUUAAUUUUUUUAUAAAAGUAAUUUGUUUUUAAACUUUAAACUGUUUGUUAUUUUACUUUUUUUUUAUGAUUUAUUACAAAUUUUUAACCGAAAAAAAAAAUAAAAUAUUUAAUUUUUUUUAAAUUAAAAAAAAGUAAUAUAUUGAUUUUUUUUACUCUUUAAUACUUAAUAAAAAUAAAAUAUUACAAAAACAAACAACUUAAUACUUAACAUUAUUAAAUAUUAUUUAGUUUUAAAUUUUAUUUAAAUAAUUAGUUGUUGAAUAUACUCUUGUUUUUUAUUUUUGUUUUAGGAAAUAAUAUUUUAAAAUAUAUGUGUUAAUUAUCUUUUAAAAAAUAAAAACCAAUAGAAAAGGAGGGCAGAAAAGUAAUACGGUAGGUCAUAGAAGGGCAUUUUGGUCAACCCGGUGACAUCAUUACCGAUUGUACGAAACUCUUACGUCUAAUCUCGAUCGUCGGCCCAGAAAUCGAAAUACAUCUGAGCCGUCAGAGGAAACUAAUCUUCGAAUUUCAGCCGAAGUUGUCUGCUUCUGAGUAGGACGAGCAGUUAAGCUGAUGUUUGUUUGCUGAGAAAGAGAAACGAAAACUAAAAUUUUUGAGAAAUUUAAUGGAGUUUUGCUCAAAGACUGAGUUGCAGAAAGCCCAUCUCCAAUCACAGUGAAACACAGAAGGUUGUUCGACACCUUCUUCAAAAUGAGAAAAGCGACAUUUGGCAAUUGUGUAUACAAUGUCAGGGCUGAGGGUUUUUUUGCUGGGUGUUUUUCCUUCAUUCUGGUUCACACACGUCUCUGCUUUUUUGUGGUGGUUCCAAUGGGCUGGAUUUUCAGAAACAGCUUUUCUGGAAUAUGGACACACCAUAUCAUAUGGUGACCGUUUUCAAUGAGAUAAUUUUUGUUUUAGUUGAGGCCCCUUCUGAAAGUUAUGAAGAUUCAAUUGUGAAUUUUUUUCGGGUUCUCUUCAGCACCAUUUGCUUGAUUAAGUCUGCUUUGUACAGACAGACCUCUCGUUGGAGUCUUCCCUCAAAAGGGUGAUUUUGCAUUCUCAAGUAUGGCCGAGGAAGAUGGUCUCUGUCAAUCCCGUGAUGGGAAGGGAAUCCCCCUCUGGAUAUUCUUAAAGGAUGCAAGAUUCGCCUUCAAAAUGGAUGAGCUUGGUUUGGAAAUAGCACAAAUUGCAUUUCCAGCAGCACUGGCUCUGACAGCAGAUCCUAUUGCUUCUCUGGUUGACACGGCAUUCAUUGGCCAGUUAGGUCCAGUGGAACUUGCUGCUGUAGGAGUUUCUAUUGCUGUGUUCAAUCAAGUAUCAAGGAUCGCAAUAUUCCCACUUGUCAGUGUCACAACCUCUUUCGUUGCUGAAGAGGAUACCAUUGGAAUACUGGACUCUGAACCUGAAGUUAGCAAAAGUGUGGAAAUGGGCUCAGCUGUAAAUGGUGAAACCAAAAAGUUGAUACCAAAGGGUUCUGGUGAGAGACCAUACGAUUUAGAAAUGCAUGGUAGUGGUCAUGAUACACCAAAGUUUGAGAGUAAAAGGCAUAUCCCAUCAGCCUCAGCUGCACUGGUUGUUGGUGGUAUCCUUGGCCUCAUCCAAGCCAUAUUUCUCAUUUCUGGAGCAAAACCUAUAUUGAACUUCAUGGGAGUCCAUUCUGAUUCCCCUAUGCUAGCCCCAGCACAAGAAUACUUGACUCUGAGAUCACUUGGUGCUCCUGCUGUUCUUCUAUCAUUAGCCAUGCAAGGGGUCUUUCGCGGAUUUAAGGAUACAAAAACUCCUCUAUAUGCCACUGUGGCAGGAGACGUAACAAACAUAAUUUUAGACCCGAUAUUUAUGUUUGUUUUCCAUAUGGGUGUCGGUGGUGCAGCCAUUGCCCAUGUUAUAUCUCAGUACAUUAUUUCUGUAAUCCUUUUUUGGAAAUUAAUGCAACAAGUCGAACUCUUACCUCCAAGUACCAAAGUUCUGCGAUUUGGUCGAUUUCUGAAAAAUGGUUUGCUAUUACUGAUGAGGGUUAUAGCUGUGACAUUCUGUGUGACUCUAGCUGCAUCUUUAGCUGCACGCCAGGGACCAACAUCCAUGGCUGCAUUCCAGGUCUGCUUGCAGGUUUGGUUGGCAACGUCUCUUCUUGCUGAUGGCUUAGCGGUCGCCGGGCAGGCCAUACUUGCUAGCGCAUUUGCUAAACAGGACUACAGCAAGGCCACAGCUGCUGCAUCAAGAGUAUUGCAGUUGGGGUUGGUUCUGGGGUUGGUUCUGUCAUCCAUCCUUGGAACUGGAAUGCAGUCUGCAGCAAAACUGUUCACAAAGGAUCUCAGUGUCCUCCAUCUCAUCAGUAUAGGCAUUCCGUUUGUUGCAGUUACUCAACCUAUCAACUCUCUGGCCUUUGUUUUUGAUGGGGUCAACUUUGGUGCAUCUGAUUUUGCAUAUUCUGCAUAUUCCAUGGUUCUGGUGGCCAUAGUCAGCAUCUUGUGCUUGUUCAUUCUCUCGUCCAGUUUCGGCUUUGUCGGAAUCUGGGUGGCGCUGACCAUCUAUGUGACACUGAGAGCAUUUGCUGGCUUUUGGAGGAUAGGGACUGGAAGCGGACCUUGGAGCUUCCUCAGAAGCUGACUGUGUGAAGCAGCAACUCGGUUUCCAUGGUUUUCUUGUUAUGGAAACUGUUGUGGGAGUUGAAGCCAUUUUUUUCUGUUAUCAUCUUCAUAUAUAUGGUAUUUUGCUUUUCUUUUUCUUAAUUUGUACAUAUAUAUUCAUAUAUGGAAAGAACUUAAUAGAAGUGCUUUUGGGCGUACAAAUAUAUGGAAUAAUUACACAGAGAAACCUUAUCAA